CUGUCCGCGGGCCUCGGAAACGCCUGACGCGCGGAAGGAAGUGUGUUAACCCCUCUCCGCCGCGCUUCCAGGGCCGGGAGGCGGCUGCUCCUCCUCCUCCUCAUCGUUGUCGUCGUGAGACCCUGGUGCAGGAUGCAAGCCGCUGCCUGCUGUCCACACCCUGCGCGCCUCUCCCGAAGGAGGAGGAAGAGGGAGGAGGCGAGGCGGGCGCAGUCCCAAGCUGCGUGCAGCCAGCCUGUCCCCUCGGCGAGAGCGCCCCGACCACACGGUCCGGGCCCAGACCCAGGCCCCCAGUUUGCUUGCCUCUGCUGAGUGUGCACCCAGCACCCUAAAUCCCGGCUUAAUCGCCGUCCGCACACGCACAGCGCUCCGAGGCGCUGCGCCCCCGUGCAGGUGGCGCAAACGCCCCUGCCUUCCGCCGCCCCCUGCCGGGCAGCGAGAAAGGCGGCGGCCGCGGAGCCGCCGUGCGCAGCUCCGGGAGAGCUCUCCGGCGCCGGGAAGAAGCCGGCAGCGUCCCCGAUGGUGCCGCCGCCUCCUCCGUGCCGGGGAGCAACGGCCAGGGGGCAGCUGGGCAGGAGUCUGGGUCCGCUGCUGCUGCUCCUGGCGCUGGGACACGCGUGGACCUACCGGGAGGAGCCCGGAGACGGCGACAGGGAAAUCUGCGCGGAGAACAAGAUCGCCACGACCAAGUACCCGUGUCUGAAGCCUUCGGGCGAGCUCACCACGUGUUUCAGGAAAAAGUGCUGUGAAGGGUACAAAUUUGUUCUUGGACAGUGUGUCCCUGAAGAUUACGACGUUUGUUCCGAAGCUCCCUGCGAGCAGCAGUGCACGGAUAACUUCGGCCGAGUGCUGUGUACCUGUUACCCGGGUUACCGAUACGACCGGGAGAGACACCGCAGGCGGGAGAAGCCCUACUGCCUGGAUAUCGAUGAGUGCGCCAGCAGCAAUGAGACGCUCUGCGCGCACAUCUGCGUCAACACUGCGGGCAGCUACCGCUGCGAGUGCCAAGAGGGCUACGUCCGCGAAGAUGACGGCAGGACGUGCACCAAGUACCCCAACGACACCGGGCGAGAGGAGAAGUCUGAGAACGCGUUGAAAGCCGGCACCUGCUGCGCCACGUGCAAGGAGUUCCACCAGGUGAAGCAGACGGUGCUGCAGCUGAAGCAGAAGAUUGCCCUGCUCCCCAACAAUGCUGCUGACCUGGGCAAGUACAUCACUGGCAACAAAGUGCUGGCCUCAAACGCCUACCUUCCAGGACCUCCCGGCCUGCCUGGGGGCCAGGGCCCUCCAGGCUCACCAGGACCGAAGGGGAGCCCGGGAUUCCCCGGCAUGCCAGGCCCUCCUGGGCAGCCUGGCCCCCGGGGCUCCAUGGGCCCCAUGGGACCGUCUCCCGAUCUGUCCCACAUUAAGCAAGGCCGGCGGGGCCCUGUGGGUCCUCCAGGCGCACCAGGAAGAGACGGUUCUAAGGGAGAAAGAGGAGCACCUGGACCCAGGGGCUCUCCAGGACCCCCUGGUUCUUUCGACUUCCUGCUCCUCAUGCUGGCCGACAUCCGAAACGACAUCGCGGAGCUGCAGGAGAAGGUGUUCGGGCACCGGACUCACUCUUCAGCGGAGGAGUUCCCUGUACCUCAGGAAUUUUCCAGCUACCCUGAAACCAUGGACAUGGGCUCUGGAGAUGACUACACCAGAAGACUGACUGAGGCGGCAGGCUUGGGAGCCCCCAGGGGCUUACAUCCAUAGCAUGUCCCAGCGUCUUCAUACCAGUGGGAGAGAAGAGGGUCUUCACCUGUAGUUCAAUCAUCUAAAGAACAAAAAAAACCCACCACUGGCAGCCUAGGAAUGCUACCUUCUCCCUACUCUUCUUCCUCCAAAUACUGCUUUCAGAGCCCUGAGAGACCUGCUAGAACAUGCGGGGGAAAUUAUUGAUUUACGUGCUUGCCCCCCUGGGAGUCACUUGGGCUACAUUGGGACUUCUCUUCUGCUCCUAUUUUUCCAGGAACUUCUAGAUUUCUGGCUUAUGUACUCUUGUGGCUGCUUAACAUUGGCAGAAUACGGAAAACGGGUGGGUGGGUGGAGAUGGCCAGGUGAGCGCUAAAGAAAUGUUAGGUUACUUCUAAAAACUAAUUGAUGUGUUUAAAAUGGACUUAAGCCUCAUCUCACAUCAGAAUUGGGGUUCCUCAAUUACAGAGUGGUGGGAAGGACAGUCAUGGGGCCCUUUCCUUGGUGGGUAGUUCUUUUUCCUUCAUCAGGCUCUUAGAUUACAUGGUCUGUCCUCUGGUCCAACCUUGUUUGCCAAAUUUGGUUAAAGAAAGGAGAGAAUUGAGGAGUGGAGAUUGAGGAAGAUAGAAAAGAAUUAUAGUCCCGUGUUUGUUGUCAUAUAUGACUACUGAGGGUUCAUCCCAGGCUCAUCUUACAAGUUCCCUAAGCAGACAAGAAAGUUACUCCAGCUCUAGGAAUGAAUCAGCUUUGGAAAGACAACCAGAAUGUGAAAUGUCCUGAUUCACAUUAGAACAAUGGGCUUCUGGUUGCAGGGAAGCUUUUUGAUCUAAAGAGGGGGCCUGUUCUGCCAGUGAUGGAUUAUUUGUUAGUAACAGUGGCUGACCCCGGAGAGAGCUGCAGAAUUCCUAGCACGGACCCAGUGCCCAGAAGAUGCCAGCAGGCUGUGGUCCAGGCUGAAUCGAUGUACAAUGGGGCUACAGCUGGAAAGGGGGUGCUGGCUUGGGUUGCGGGAGCCUGGGCAGAGACCCCUCUGAAGGCAGAUUGGCAGAGGCGGAUAAAUUGGCUCCCGUUGGGUGUGGCCAAUCAGGUUUACUAACAUAGUGAGAACAAUACACUAUACAAAGUUCUUUUAGAUGGAAGGAACACAGAAAACAGCCUUGGUUCACCUUGGUUAGCAGGUAUUUUCUUCCUGCUAUGCCCAUUUUCCAUUUUCCCCCCCUGCUUCAUGUAGUCCAAGCUCCGGCUCUUUCAGUUCUUCUCUUUGAUUUCCUCUGCUUGGCAGGGUGGGAAGCAGCUCAGAAAGCAUCCAUUGCCCAGUCUCCCGCUGAGCAGGAGGCCAGCAGGAAGAUCUGCGCCUGUGAAAAAUGGCUGGGGCCUCUGGGUUUCCACGGGCAGCUCUCACGUUUCCUAAGCUCUGCUUUCUCCUGGGGGUUUCAUCUGCCCCUUCGGGAGACUUUGACCCUGAUGUUGAACUUCACCAAUGACCAUUCUCACCCUCACGCUUGCCUUCCCCUUCCUCACCCUGUGAUGUGCUCUCAACUCCUCAGUGGUCUGUAUUGGGCUGUUUUCCAUCACCUUUCAGCCUGCAUCAUUUAGCUCCCCUAGUGUGGAAACUUCCUUAAAGAACAUCACUGCUGGUUCUUGUGUCACUCUUACUCUUUAAGAAAGAAAGGGGUUCUCUCUGCAAGUCCCAAAUGGGCUCAGCCUGCCUUCCCUUCUCCGGGUCCCAUUGGAAACGCAGGACGCUAGUAGGUCAGUAGGUGGCUGAGCCAUUCAUGAGCUCUUGGCUCUACUGUUUUUUGUGCAAGAAACCCAGUGUCUGUUCAUUCUUAAAGGGAAAGCAGUUUCAUUUGCAAGGCUCCCUUUCAGACAUCCUUGCUCCUGUGUGCUUCCAGAAGCUGUAACCAAGGACCUCUCCGGCCACAGGUUUAUGAAGAGGUGGACUCAACAUCUGAGCCCCACCUGGAGUAUGUGAACUGUUUGCCUGCUGUGGGACAGUAUUUAAAGGGUGUGGAUGGAUGAAUGCUUAACAAAAAAGCUAUGCCUGAUGAUUAGGUCCAUCUUUCAUUCUUUUUUUUUUUAAAAUGAAAGAGUUUUAUUGCCUUUUCUUUUUCUUGACAGUGAAGUGUUCAGAAAUAAAAUCUCUGUUGUCCAGUGCUCAUAAAAUGCAACCAAACUGUGUGUUUGGCCAGAGGCUAGCAUAAUAUAUUAAAAGAACGAACUGGAAAUAGUAGUAUCUGGGACUCAUGAAACAGUUCUACAUAAUUCUCUCCAAGAAAACACACAGUAUCCUGUAUUUAUAAUUUCAGUCUGCAGUACCAAGUCAGUCUACCAAAUUGUUAUUCUCAGAGCUACAAAACUUGGACUACUGCAGGACUAAAUAUGUAUUCAGCAUGCCCAAAUUACAUUUUUCAAAGAUAAGAUAUAAAGCAUUAUUCUUUUCUAAUCAUGUAGUUAUGCAUGGAGAACCAAAGCUUCACUAUCUGUACAGGACUUGCCAAAACCUAAUGGGAAAACCUCUGGGCGGUGAACUCUGCUACAGUUUUACUGAACCACUUCAAGUUUCCGAGGAAGAAAUUUUUCGCGUAUCUCAACCCCUCAGCAGAAAUACUGACUUCAACAUUUUGUACCCUCAUGACCAGGCCAUCCUGAGUUGCCUCUGUUUCUGGAUAACAACAGGAAUCAAGUUCUUCUGUUGGGAAUAAUGCAAGGAGGACCUGCACGGUUCUUUAGGAACCUCCUCUUUGUUCCUAGUUCCACAGGGAGAACUGAUAGGCUCUGCUUUGCCAAAAGGCAGGAGAGGUCCAAAGAGGAUGCUGCCUUCUCUCUCCUCCUCUGUUAAUCCCCAACACCUGUUACAGAAUUAACUGACCAAAUGAAGUUAAUUUCUACUGCAUAAACUCAGGUAUGUCUGUAGUCCAACAGGUAAGUAGUUAAGUGCUCAUUGGUGUUCGGGGAGAGAGAGGGAAGUAUCUCCCCCACCAAAUACCCGAUGAACAGUGCUCAGUUCUGCCUGUGAUCCCUUUCUGAUGUUCAUAGCUACCAUUGGCUUUGGGAGCAUUGUGCCCAGGCAGGGGAAGCCCUUCUCCAUACCCAGGGGCUGGGAGUCACAUCUUGGGAGUCACUCUUCUCCCUCCCCCGCCCUGUCCCAGCCUGUCCCACAGAGACAGCCACAGCAGCCUCGUUCUGCAAACUUAACAUUUUUCAAAUGAACUUCCUGAGAAGGAAGUUAUUUAUAGGACCCUGGGCCAAACAAUUAGUAGCAGAGAGCCAUCUAAAGUGAUUAAGGCAUUCAGGGAAAUAAAUGAAAAUUUUCCUGGCACAGUCAGCACGUAUGUUUCACAACAAAUCAAAAAAUAAUUUUCCAUUUGGAGAAAUGACAAUGGCCAUGAUUGUUAAAGCAGAGACACUUGGACUUCGUGUGUUCCUUCAACAGUUGGUGUUGCUUCUCCAGGGGAGUGGCAGAAGAGGACCCUUUUGCACACCCACCCCGUCCACCCCCAACCGUGGACCUUGGCAUUCUUUGCUCAGUUCUCAAAGCAAAUACCUGAGCAGUUUCAUGUGUAUCAUGAGUUUGUUUGUAUUUCCCAGUGACCAGCCAUAUACUUCAGUAGCUCUGGUGUUCAUGAAUUGUAACAGGUCCAUAUAACCUCUGAUCUAGUAUUCAAACACUUAUGGAUGUGAUACUAUGAAAUGUGUUUGAUAUGAUUGUAUAUGCUUCAUAACAAAGUUAUUUUUCGUAUAUGGCUCCACUGUGUUUUGUCUUGACACCCAUUCCUGUGGAUCAGCUCACCUUUUUAACCAGUUGAACUUGAGGAGAUAGGGUGGGGUGCGUUUGUUUUAAACAUUGGAAUCAACCUGAGUCACCCGCCUCCUGGGGUCUCAAUGUGGUCCAAGCAUUUGAGUCUAAAUGGAGGUGUGAAAGCCCAGGUACCACUGCAUCUGGGUCUCAGAGACUCCAUUCCCCAGCUAUGUGGAUCCUCUGGGACCCCAAGGUGGGAUUUCUCAAACCAAGAACACUCCAGGGCUCACUGGAGGUGUACCAGGAACCCAUGGUAUGACUGUUUUCUAUUGGUUUUUGCUCUGUUGCAGAUUUAGAAUUCCAUGUGAAAUUUCCUUAUGGGGUAGGGGAGGCUGUUGACCACCUCAGUGGUGUUAGAGAACUGAGGGGAGCAAGUCCCAAGCACUGGCCACUGAGACCCUCAGCUGGAGAAGAGAGGCAGGGGAGUCUCUCCAGUGGAGCCCUAGGCAGGAGGAACCAUAUAAUAAGGCUCCUAGCCGUCUUCAGUAACCUGAAAUUAGCCCCUGUUUGCACAUCUCACCUUCACUUAGCGUUGGCCAGUGCCUGGUGCAAGCAGAAAACUGGGGAGUGAAGCAGUCACACUCGCCCACCUCCUGGGGAUCUUUGGCAGAAACAGAAAAGGAUCUUUCCAGAGAAAAUAAUGUGAUCACAUAAAUACGCAGUUACAAACCGUGAUAGGCACUUUGAAGGAAAGUGCUGGGUGUUAGAAGAGCCAGCAGCCAGCUCCUGCCAACACGACUCCUGCUGGGCUCCCCUGUGAACUCACUCCCUCGCGUUGUCCCCGACGGCAGCCGUGCCAGACCUCAGCGCCCCUCCGAGAGUGCAGCUCUGCGAGUGCUCUGGGUGAAGUGGGGACAGUGAGAACCAGAGAGACCACACAUGAGCUCUCCAGCCCUCUGACUUUAACACACUGAGGCGGGGCAAGCACUUCCUUCAUGACCUCUUGAAGCCCCACUGGGAAGUUGGUAACAUCAUGUGCUCCAGUCUCGAUGCCAGCAGAACUUGAGGCCUGUUUGUUCCCGACAAGGGUGUGUCAGUCUUUGAAAAGCUGGCUCUGCUUUGGAAACCCAAAACUGAGGAGCGGUGCAGCUCAGCUCCAGGUGUGAAUCUGCACAGCCUCAUCCGUGUGUGGAUGUAAAGUUGCAGGGCGGGCCCCUGAGGUCUGCAGGGAUCCGUGGGUGACUGAAGCGGGAUUGGUACUUCCAGGAAUUGACGGGCAUGAGAGGAAGAGAGGCAUAGUCAUUCCUUAGCCUGUGCUAUGAAAAUGCCGCCUCCUUGGGUGGCUUACAAUGACAGAAAUGUGUUCUCCUGCUCUUCUGGAGGGUGGAAAUCCAAAGUCCAGGCAUGAGCAGGAGGGGUCCAGAAAGCGUCCCAUGCCCCCUUCCAGUUUCUGGUGGUCACCCACAACCUUGGUAUCCGUUGCUUCCACCGUUCUACUCUUGUGUGUGUGUUGUCACAUGGUCUCCAGCACUGUCCCAUCUGAGUCCUCUGUAUCUCGAUGGUAGCUAUUGGAUCAGGACCUCCCAAAUCCAGUAUGACCUCUGCAAUUUAAUUACAUCUGCAAAGACCCUAUUCCAAAUAAAGUCACAUUCUGAGGAUCCAGGUAGACAUGAACUUGAGGGGAUGCUAGUCAACAUAGAUGGAAAUUUUCUUCCUGUCCAUUGACUUCUCACCCGUAGCGUUUUGUCCAACUUGAAAUUCUCAUUUACUUCAUUCAAAGUUUAAAAAAAUAUUGAGGGUCAAGGGUGGAUGGGUGAACAGUCCAGAAUCCCUGGUCUUGGGGAGCACGCUUCUGGUCCAGGAAGUCAGUCAUGCCUGACUUGAUGGCAUCACGUUAUGAGCAAGGGCUCAUCAGGUGACUUCAUUGUCAUGUGAACACAUAGUGCAUGCUUACAUAAACUCAGAUAUGCAGGCACUAGGCAGGGAAAGCUUUCGGGACCACCACUGUGUGUGCAGUGCAGCAUGGACUGAGACAUUGCUGCUGAGGCACACGGCCUGGUAAGUCUCAGGAUUCUCCAGAGAAGCAGAGGCCAUGUGCACUUAGAAACCGAGGUUUAUUUUAAGGAAUUGGCUCACACAACUGUGAAGGCUUGACAAGUCCAAAAUGUGCAGGGUGUGUCGGCAGGCUGGAGACCCAGGGAAGAGUGAAGUUCAAGUCCAAAGACUCUCGGCUGGCAGAACUCCUUUUUGUUUGAGGGAGGUCAGUUUUUUCCAUUACAGCCUGGACUGGUUGGCUAUGAGUCCCACCCACAUGGUGGAGCAUAAUUUCUGUGCUCAAAGUCUGCUAACUUAAAUAUUUCAUAUAAAAAUUAUUUUACAGGGGCAUGGAGAAUAUUUGCCCAAAUAUCUCGGUGCAGUGGUCUAGCCAAGCUGACUCAUAAUGUUAACCAUGACAAUCAAUACCAGUGUUGAAAUGGAGAAAAUCAGGUCAGGUAGAGAGUAAAGGAGAGUAGGAGAAUCUACUUUGUGGGGGUGGGGGAGUUCAUCAGGAAGACCCUCACUGGCACUGGGGUGGUAGAUGAGCAGAGACCUUAAUGGAGAAAGAGAGGGAGCCAUGUGGUGUGUUGGGAGGAAGUGACAGCAAGAUGCCAAGGCGAACCUGCCUACCGUACUCUGGCAGUGGGUUUGAUGUGGCUGUAAAAAAAUCAGGGAGCAGAGGAGAGGAAAUGGAUUGGAGAGACAGCCAGAAGUGCCCCACAUAAGGACUUUGUACCUAAUGAACAGGUGGAGGCGUUGGAAGGGACCAUGAUAGAAGCAAGGAAACCAUUAGGAGACUAGGAGCAGUGUACUUGUUGGUUGACCCUGGACUGUGUUAGCACUUGCUACUACUUGUUCUGAUUCCUUGCUAAAGUAGAAAUGCCUAGCUUAAGGAGAGAAAUUUUGUCUUUUUAUUCCCAGUGUCUGCCACAGUAACCAGUGCAUGAUAGGGGUUGAAUAGCUUUAUAGUAAGUCUGAUUCAUUUAACAUAUUUGCUCUUCACCAAAUGCCACUGGGUAGGUACUUUUGUUAUUGCCAGUGUCUAUACGAGGGGGUCUUCAAAAAGUUCAUGGGAAAUGCGUAUUAGGACAAAACUAUGCAUGAAUUUUGACCCUUUUUUCCUGCAACAAAAUUUAUCUUUUUAAAAAUUAUUUGAGAAGCAGAGUUCCCAUUUUAUGGAUGCUCACAACAGCCGAGGCUGGGCUGGAGCCAAAGCUAGGAACUUGGAACUCAAUGCUGAUCACUCAUGUAGGUGGCAGGAACCCAUUUAGGAAUCCACUGAGCCAUCCCUGCUGCCUCCCAAAGUCGACACUGCCAGGAAGCUGGGGUCAGGAACUGGAGCCAGGAACCAAGCCCAGGUGGUCCAUGUGGGAUGCAAGCAUCCCCACUGCUAGGCUAAGCACCUGCCCGUACACUUAAUUCCAUUGUUCACAAGCUUUUUGAAAUAUUCUCAUACAUCCUUUUGUCACAAAGCUAAACCAUUUCAGACCAAGGUGUAUUUCAGAAUAAACAUUAACUCACGGUGUCAGUUUGACAUGUAGGGUAGGUGUACCGCAAACACGUAGCCACACGUUCUCUCCCCACUUGGGAAUCAGUUUCACUGAUGGAUCCCCAGGGCACAGCAGCUCACACCAAGACAACCGUCCAGACACAAAGCCACUUGCUUCCCCCAUUCCAAUUUUCUAAUAUACUCUGGGUUGGAAUUUUUUUAAAAGAUUUAUUAUUUUCUUGAAAGAGUUACACAGAAAGAGGAGAGGCAGAGAGAGGGAGAUCUUCCAUCCGCUGGUUCACUUCCCAGGUGGCAGCAAUGGCUGGAGCUGCACUGAUCCAAAGCUAGGAGCCAGGAGCUUCUUCCAGGUCUCCCACGUGGGUGAAGGGGCCCAAGGACCUGAGCCAUCUUGUACUGCUUUCCCAGGCCGUAGCAGAGAGCCAGAUUGGAAGUGGAGCAGCCGGGACACGAACCGGAGCCCAUUAUGGGAUGCCGGCACUGCAGGCUGCAGCCUUACCUGCUACGUCACAGUGCCGGCCCCUGGAAUCUUUCUGGCUUUCUGCUAUGAGGCAACUGACAAAUACAUAAUGAGACAAUUACGAUAGUCUUCAGUGGAAGAAAGGAAAGAAUACAUCUAACAAAGCUAACAACCUUGCUGUUACUUAGUGUCACAUGUGGACCAAAGAUAACUGGGAGUCAGUACUCAAAAAGAGAAACAUAAUAGAUUGAGUAGCACAUCAUCUCAUUGAAGGAAUAUGCUAUUGAGUGUGUUUUCCUAGAAGGAGUAGGUCACGUAUGUCCUUACUACAUAGUCAUUGAUCAACAUGAAUUUCUGAGAAAGCCUCAUGCUGAAAAUGAGGUCACAGAAGGAAGCACAUUCUAAUGCAAUGUCUCUGCAUCAGGGUUAAGUUAAUGAACUUAAUUGAUGGACUUGAUUAAAGAAUAAAGCACAAACUACCUUAAGCAGCCAGCCAGGUCAUAAAAUACACACACAUAAUUGAAACAAGCUCAAAGAUAAUUAUCCCUUCUAUGUAGGAUGCACUCAUUUUCUCUAAUUUUUAAAGUUUUUUUUUGUUUGUUUUGUUUUUUACAGGCAGAGUGGACAGUGAGAGAGAGAGAGAAAGGUCUUCCUUUGCUGUUGGUUCACCCUCCAAUGGCCGCCACAGCCAGCGCGCUGCGGCCGGCGCACCGCGCUGAUCCGAUGGCAGGAGCCAGGUACUUAUCCUGGUCUCCCAUGGGGUGCAGGGCCCAAGGACUUGGGCCAUCCUCCACUGCACUCCCAGGCCACAGCAGAGAGCUGGCCUGGAAGAGGGGCAACCGGGACAGACUCCGGCGCCCCGACCGGGACUAGAACCUGGUAUGCCGGCGCCGCAAGGCAGAGGAUUAGCCUAGUGAGCCACGGCGCCGGCCAUAAAGUUUUUUUUUUUAUUUGAAAGAGUUACAGAGAGGUAGAGAGAGAGGUCUUCCAUCUGCUGGUUUACUCCCCAGAUGGUCACAGUGGCCAAAGUUGAGCUAAUCUGAAGCCAGGAGCUUCAUUCAGGUCUCCCAUGCAGGGGCAGGGGCUCAAGGACCAUUCUCUGCUGUCUUCCCAGGCUCAUUAGCAGUGAGCUGAAUCUGAAGUGCAGCAGCCAGGACUCAAACUGAUGCCCAUAUUGGAUGCCAGCACUGCCUCUAAUUUUUAAUAGUGGUCACAACCACUAAAUUGGUUCUUUCUGAUUUACUAAUGAGUGCAGCCCUCAGUUUGAAAACCAAUUGUGGGACCUGCAUUGUGGUGCAGGAGGUGAAGCCACAUCCCAUACCGUGCAUCCCAUAUGACCACCAGUUCAAGUCCCAGCUGCUCCACUUCUCAUCCAGCUCCCUGCUAAUGCAUCUGGAAAAGCAGCAGAAGAUGGCCCAAGUACCUGGCUCCCUACCACCCAUGUAGGAGACCUGGAUGGAGUUUCUGACUCCUGGCUUCAACCUAGCCUGGUCCCAGCUGUUGCAACCAUUUGAGAAGUAAUCCAGUGGAUCAAACAUCUCUCUAUCCCUCUCUGUCUCUCUCUCUCUCUCUCUCUCUCUCUCUCUCUCUCUCUGUGACUCUGCUUUUCAAAUAAAUAAAUCUUUAAAAAAAACUUGUUUAUAUCAGUAUUUCUCAAACUUUACUGUACAUGUGAAUCAUCAGAAGAUUUUAUGAAAAUGAAGAUUCUAGGCAUGUGUUAUGGUGCGGCAGGUUAAGCUCCAGUUGGGACGUCCCCAUCCCCCAUUGGAGUGCCUGAGAUCCAGUCCUUCCUCCACUUCCAACCCAGCUCCCUGCUGGUGUGCACCUGGGAGGCUGCAGAUGCUGGUUCAGGUGCUCCCACAUGGUGUUGAUGCUGCUGUUCUGUGAACCACACCGUGAGUAGCAGACCUGGCCCUCAUGCAGGGCAGUCUGCUGUGGACUUUGGAAAAAGGUAAGAGAGAUUUUUAUUAACUUAGAACUCUGACAAGGGUCAGGAUUUCACGUAUGUCUAUUGUGUCAUUUACUCAGGUUCUUGUUUCACCUGCUAGUAAUUUUUAAAAAUUUAUUUGAAAGGCAGAGAGCGGUCUCCCAUUCAUUGGUUCACUUCCCAAAUGUCCAAAACAGCUGAGAUUGGGUGAGGCCAGAGCCAGGAGCCAGGAAUUCAAUCUAGGUCUCCCAUGAGGGUGGCAGGAACCCAACUGCUUGAGCCAUCACCUGCUGCCUCCCAGGGUGUGCACUAGCAGGAAUCGAAUCGGGAGCAGAGCUGGGCUUGAACCCAGACACUCUGACACAGGAUGCUGUCAUCCUAAAUGGCACCUUCGCCACAGCAGCAAAUCCCAUUCCCCUUUUUCUUUUAAAUAGAGUUUCCCAGGAAAAUGGCACAUUGUAAGAUGAAACCAUUAAAUAAAUCUUGCCUCUCCAUUAAUAUCUUCACAGUAAUCAAGUUGCUAGCUAGAUGAGGAGGAAAGAAAAUAUCUAAAAGAAAUAAGGAAGGUAGGGGAAACUUGACAGAGGCGAGCAUCAGCUUUGCUCACUCUAUCGGCUCCCUCUGCAGCCUGGGCCCUGGCCCUGCCACAGGCUGCUGCUGUUUUGUUGGCUUCUUCCCGAGCAUGGAGCAGACGCACAGUCCAUGCUGCAGCUUCACCAACUCUCCCUGUGCGAUGUGGUUUCCCCCACACUCCCGGAAAUCCAAGACUCUGAUUCUUGUUCCUUCCUGGCGAGGUGACAACAUGUUCUGAAUUCUCACUUUUCCUCUGGUCUACUUCCUGUGGCUUUUUAUCCUUUUUCCUUCUCUAACAUCACUACCAACCACACAGGGAAUGGGAGCUGGGUGGGAAGAUCAUUAAACCAGAAGGAAAUGCAUAUCAAUGGAGUCUUAUUUUGCUUUAUAAAUAGUCUUUGUGAUGUUUGAGGGUGGCUUGGUUUCAGAAGUCAGGUCAUUUUUGUUGGUUUUUUUUUUUUUUUCCACAACUAUAACUAAUGGAUAUUCUUAGUUCUGUCUUCCCCCAAAAAUAUAUAAUCAUGGACCUACCUGGCCAUGGAGACAACCGUUAACCUGUCACCUCCAGCAUCCUGGAGAUGGAACACGGCAUCUUGGUGGGCUGCUGUCACGCCAUGGGUCUGAAGGACUAUGUGACGUGGAAGCAGUACCUCUGGCGUGUAUGGACUUUCCAUUGUCCUACAAUUCAGUAAACGGCCAAGACCAACAGAACAAACGUAGACUGCUGAGAGCCAUGGGUAGGUAACUCGCCUUUUGAAACAAUCUGGUAAAGAAAAAUGUGCCACAAAUCGAAUUAGGCUCAGGUGAUUCAGAAGGGAAAUAACAGCUGUGAAACAUUUCAAAAAGAGGUCCCUCUGCCGGCGCCCCGGCUCACUUGGCUAAUCCUCCGCCUUGCGGCGCUGGCACACCGGGUUCUAGUCCCAGUUGGGGCGCCGGAUUCUGUCCCGGUUGCUCCUCUUCCAGUCCAGCUCUCUGCUGUGGCCCGGGAAGGCAGUGGAGGAUGGCCCAAGUCCUUGGGCCCUGCACCCGCAUGGGAGACCUGGAGGAAGCUCCUGGCUUCGGAUCGGCGCAGCGCACCAGCUGUGGCAGCCAUUUGGUGUUUGAACCAACGGAAGGAAAACCUUUUUCUCUGUCUCUCUCUCACUGUCUAACCCUGCCUGUCAAA